GGUAGUUUUGGCGCCGCUUUGAGUGUAAGGCAUGUAUUACAGCAACUGUUGUGACAAACAGUGAAACAUUGGAUUUGAUUGAGUCUUACAUACAAUCAGUAAUAAACAAAUACUUUGAGCACUUCAUUGUCCACUCUGUUGUCAUAUCCAUCAGCGUAUCACUUGUUUGUAACCAAUUGGCUGACCAUUUAAGUGAUUGGCUCAUGUCGUCCAAGAAGAGAGUUCGCUCUCAUGACAACAACACAAGCGAUUGGAGUAAUAGAUCUUCAGUGGACAAGGAGUGCAAAAGUGGCGAUAAAUACAAUGAGACCAACAAUUUGGUCGAAAACGAGCUUUUCUUACAGGCCUUUGAAAAACCGACACAAAUAUACCGAUACUUAAGGACUCGUCAUUUGGUUUCACCAAUAUUUCUUAAUCGAAACUUAACUUAUUUAAGACAUAGACUCAAACGUUUCAAAAGCAAACGUCGACGAGAUUUCAGUGUCGACAACAUUAUGGAGUAUGUCUUAGAAAAGAAACAAAGAGAGGCCAUCGCUGAAGAAUCGUCUGGCAAUUUAACACUCAAAUUGUUGUGUAUUAAAGAUCAGAGUAUUAAUAAUGAGUAUUCUUCUGUAACAUUGGAGACAUCGUUGUUAAAGAUGGGACACCAGAAGCGUAAGGAUGUGUUAGCGCCUAUAUAUCAGUAUUCAGUUGGCGCUUCAGACACGACUCUAAAUGGAGAAAACUUUGACAACAAUUGUCUUACAGUUUAUAAAAAUGAUUUUAAUGAAUCCAACGGUCAAAUUGUGAAACAAUGGUCGUACUCUUUGUUAUUUAUUGCAUGUCUUCAUAAAGACAAUCACUCGAAAUUGGAUAAUCUUGAAAAAGAUAAACCGGAGAACAUAAUGAAUGAAAAUAAUAGAAGUGAACCGUCGAUGAAGAAGCGAAGACUCGAUACAAAGGACUACUAUAAGGCAGAACUUAUUGUAUUUGACAAACAUAAGACUUGUUUGCUGACUGAUGGCGAGUACACAGUUGUUUUGCAGCAAUGUUUGCCACCAAAAGCCAACAAAUUAGCAAAGUAUGGAAAAUAUUCAAAAUGGCAAGAAAUUAGUGUCGAAGACAUUAAAAGUUUGACUAUUGAAGACAACAAACCUUAUGGGUCUAUGGAUGUGUUCAGAAAAGGUCCGGUUCUUAAGUUUCAGCUCUCGUGGAGCUCUAAUCAACAAAAUAUAAAUACAAAUACAAAUAAUAAUAAUAGUAAUAGUAAUCAUUUGGUUUCCAAUAAUGAAAAUGAUUCAGGAAUUGGAAACAAUAUGAGUGAUAACUCAAGUAAUCAGUCAUAUAAUAGCAAUCAUUCGCCAAAUUUGGAUAAAACUCAUAUUAAUGAUCACUUAAAUUGUAAUAUCAAUGGACUGUCGAAUCGCAAGAAUAGUAAUGUCGUUCAAAUAAAAUAUCAAUUUAUAUUUAACAAUAAUAUCCGACAAAUAACUCGACCGCGAAUCGACAUGUGCUGCCCGUGGUGUUCACUUAACUGCCAACAACUCUAUUCACUUAUUAAGCAUUUAAAACUAUGUCACUGCCGUUUCUUAUUUAAUUAUAUACCGGACGUAAAGUGUUCCCGAAUUGAUGUUUUCAUCAAUGAGGGCUAUGACGGAUCGUAUGCGGGAAACCCUCUCGAUCUGUCCUUUCCAAACACUGGCUUUGCAUUUAGUCGUAAUGGACCCGUUCGCCGAAGUCCAGUCACUCAAAUGAUAGUUUGUCGACCCAAACGCCAUCCCCAUUGUAUGAAUGAGUUUGACGAACCCGAUGACGAAGACGCCAUCAAUUGUCGGACUUAUAUUACAGGACACAACAGAUUAUAUUAUCACACGAACUCAUGUUUACCUAUUAGACCACAAGGAAUGGAUUACGACAGUGAAGGUGAAAAUGAUCCGCAAUGGAUGAAACAAAAGACUCAAAUGAUGAUCGAUGAGUUCACUGAUGUAAAUGAAGGCGAAAAAGAGGUGAUGAAGAUGUGGAACUUACAUAUCAUGAAAUAUGGAUUUGUUGGCGAUUGUCAAAUACCAUUAGCCUGUAAUAUGUUUGUCGAUGAAAAGGCAACUGAAUUAGUAGAAAGAAAUUUAUAUAUGAAUUUUAUAUUACAUUUAAAUAAUUUAUAUGAUUUUGGACUUUUAAGUCAAACGAAUUUAUGGGAUAGUGUGAGAAAAUUGCAUCAAUUAAUUAAAAAUAGUGAAUCUAUUGAAUGGUAUGAAAGCGACACCAAUACUGUGGACAGACAACUGUUAUAUGGAUUGAUAGAUAAUCUGUUGCCACGAGAGGGCAAACGUUUGGGAACUGAAGAAGUGGUGACCAAAUAG